AUGUUCACUAAAAUGCACGAGUUUUUAAGGAUCACUUUGGUGUGUUUGUGUGCUAUUCUCUUGGCGGUACAUGAUGGUAGGUGUGAGGAAGACGUGGUCUCGUCGGAUGCGAGUGUGGAAUCUGAAGUAAUCACGCGAUCUGAUGACGCUGAGCAAGGGAAGGAGAGCAAGAGCAGUUUUUUACCAGGCAGCGCAAGAAAAACGACAACGCAAAGUAGUGCUAACACAACAAGGGACUCACAACUGUUGUCUCUGCUCGCCGCCAGACGGCGACAGCUGCUAAGUGGAAGGUUGACAACACAUAUCAAUACUUUAGCUACGUUAGCACAUAAACCACACAAAGGAAACACUACAUUUGCACAGCUUGAAAUUCGUGAUUCAAACAGUUCCAUUGUAAAGCGGAUAACAUUUGACAAUUCAAGUAAUGAGUUAUCCCCAACAUUAAAAUUAGUAGCUUCUGACGGCGCGAAGGAAAUACGACAAGAUGUUAAACCACACGAGAUUAGGCAUUUAUUUAUCCCGAAAAUAUAUCAGGAAAAUAAAAAUAGGGCUGGAUUCAUAAACAAUAGGAGAAGAGAUUUAUUUAAUAUCAAUAAAACAGUUAUUAUUACUAUUUCAACGACAGAAAGUGGUGUAGUUUAUGUUCCACCAGAUAAAUUAGAGGGUUCAGAAAAAGAAGUUGAUUUAGAUCCUGAUGAAGAAUUUCAGGUAGAUGAAUCAAAUCAUGGCUUGUACCUGCUUAACUAUUCAGACACAGAAAAUGUGACACAGAACCUACUUACUGUAAGUGAAAUAAAGACGUCUAAUGAUGUUAAAGAAAAAGAUAAUACUACACCUUUUAGUGUGCCCACUACACAGGCAGUACUAAUUAGUAAUGUUACACUUGAUGCAAACGUAUACUUUAAAGAUGAAAAGCCAGAAACAAACACAAUUGCUAAUAGCACAGAUAUCCAAAAAUUACCAGAUGAUGAAAUGGCUCCUUUUAUAUUCUUUGGACAGAAAUUGGGUGGUCCAAUCAUUAGCGAUAACCUGACGAAUUCUCCAUCUUUGUCAGCAUCAACUAAAUCAGUUAAUUUUAUAGUUGCACCUCCUGAAAAGCGAAAGUUUAAUUCAAGAUAUUCAGCAACUGAAAAAUAUAAGAAUACAAAUGCGGGUGAAGACGAAAUUAAUGAAGAUAUGGACGUGUCAGUGGUCAAAAAUGUUAUAGAAAAAAAUAAGAUUAGAAAUACUGUCAAAGGCCCUGCACCAGCUCGACCUGUUGGCUUAGUUAAUGCGUAUAGAAAAUACUCCAGUACUACACAAACAACACUCAAAUCACCUAAUAUAGCAGAGUUAUACGUCACUGAACCAGUAUUGCAAAACGUGACUCCCAGUUCUUUUGGAAAUAUGACUAUUUACAAUAAUACGCUCAAGGAAACUGUAAAACAUAAUGUGAAUAUUACAAAAGAUGCUUCGUCUAAUAGAACGGCUACUAAUUCAGCACCAAAAAACUUUACUAGAAGCUACUUUAAUUUAAGAAGGCGUCCUGCAAAAGUAUCUGCAUCAAGCACUGAAAGUGUAACAGCAACAACAUUAAACGCUACUACAGAAAAGGCUUCUACGUCUGUCUACACAGCAGUUGUUACAUCUGUGUCUAUAACAUCGUCAAUGAAAGGACAAAAUAAAACUGACAAUAUGAAAGGAUCGGAAAAUGAUACAAUUGUUGACAUUGUAAAUGAUAAUAUUAAUGCCACCUUACCAAAAGAGUUGUUAAUAAAUGAUAAUAAAACUUCUACUAUUCCACCUACGACAGCUAGACCAUACAGACAUAGAAUUAGGAUACGAACUACAACGACUGAGAGUAGCUUCAAUCCAAAUCCCGUUCAAACUCUCCCAGCUGUUACCCUAAAGCCUAAUCCGUUAAUUAUUAGUGAAUUUACUACAAAAAUUCCAGACACGCAAGCAACAACGACGGCGAAGUUGCCUGAACAAUUAGCGAGCUUCAACCCUCAGAAAAAUUAUGAUAAUUCGUCUUACGUAAGCACAGCAAAACCGAGGAAUAUUUUAAGAAGGCGAAGACCAACGACAACAACUACAAAGUUGCCGAUGGUGACAAAAAAUGAAAAUAUUCUUACCAUUUCAAUACCAACAACAACUUUAUCACCAGUUUCAACAUCUACGCAUGGAGUAGUCAUAGCAACCAUAUCAUUAAAUGAUAAUUCAAAAACAUCAUUGGUUUCUGGAGCCGCGCCGGUUUUCAUUUCGAAAAAUGUAUCCAAAAUAGAAAAUAAUACGACUGUGGUCAAUACAACGAGAGGAAAAGAUACAGACAACGUGGCUCAAAACGAAGAAGUCGUAAUAGAAGCUGAAAAAACUUACACAGCUUCGUAUGUUUUGGCUGGUCUUGGAUUUCUUCCUGUAGGAGCAGUCAUAGCUUUCUUUUUACGAAACUUUUUAAAUAAGAAGACCAAAGAAAUUGACACAGAAUAUGAAGGGUACUUUAACGAUGGUGAAAUCAAGAAAGAAUCACCGAUAACACCGGUAGCACGUCCGCCUAUUUCUACUCCGAGUAAACCGGACCAAAAGUGGGAAUUCCCAAGAAAUAAACUUAGAUUGCAAACAUUAUUGGGCGAGGGUAAUUUUGGACAGGUAUGGAAAGCUGAAGCUGAUGAUCUAAAUGGUCAUGAUGGGUUAACACGAUUAGUGGCAGUGAAGACGAUUAAGGAGUCAGCAUCUCAAAAAGAGAAGCAAGAGUUGCUGCAUGAGAUCUACAUUAUGCAAAAGAUUGGCACUCACCCCAACGUUGUGACGCUGCUCGCUUGUUGUACUGAACAAGAGCCCUAUCUUUUGAUAAUGGAGUAUGUUAUGUGCGGCAAAUUACUGACUUAUCUCCGCGCCCGACGUUCGCGGCCCGAUCGGUUCGGCGGCGGCGGUGCACUCGCGUCUCGAGACCUCACAGUUUUUGCUUACUGUGUCGCUCGGGGCAUGGAAUAUAUUGCCUCUAAAGGGAUCGUACACCGAGACCUGGCGGCGCGCAACGUGCUGGUGGACCACAACAAGCUGUGCAAGAUCGCAGACUUCGGCAUGUCACGCUGCGCGGGCGGAGGCGCGCGGGCGGCACGCGGUGCGCUGCCGGUGCGCUGGAUGGCGCCCGAGGCGCUGCUCUACAACGUCUGCAACCACCAGACCGACGUCUGGGCCUUCGGUAUCCUGCUCUGGGAGAUCGUCACUUUAGGCUCAACGCCCUAUGCAGCCAUGUCGGGACGAGAAGUGUUGGCUGCUGUUACUGAAGGAUACCGUCUAGAAAGGCCACCUCAUUGCAAACCACAGCUAUAUCGUGCCAUGCAUUCCUGCUGGCAUGCCGACCCCUCUCAAAGACCCACCUUUGCAUCCCUCAAAGCCCAAUUAGCAGAACUACUUGAUAAUGAACCUUCCGAAGGAAAUUAUGUGGAUCUAGAUUCUUUCUAUCAAGAAUCAUCUGUGUACAGCGACCCAUCAGCAAUUAUUAAUGACGAAGAUGGCCUUUCAGCGGAAUAUGACAGGGAAAGGAGAUGCUUUAGAGAAUUGGCGAACGGUCCUUCACAGUUCGAUAAUCGAGCUUUUAACCUUCGUGAUGAAGAACUCAGAAACAAAUUCGGGAUCGGGACACCAAGAAUGGGCGGUUUCGGGAUCCGAGACGUCACUUUCAACGAUCGAAAUUUCUCCGAUGGGGAAUUUAAUGAUAGGAAAUUCCCCGAUAAAAAUUUCACCGAUAGAAAUUUCACCGAUCAAAAUUUUAACGAUCCGAAUUUUACUGAACGCAAGGAUGGAAAACUUUCGACAUCCAGUUUUCAUAGAGAGAGGGAGCGCGAAAAUCCACUCGUCAGUAGAAACAGCUUCAACGGUUUCCCUCGAGUUGGUACGAGAGAUAACCAUUUUCAAAUCAACCCGGACGGACGAAACAAGCGAGUGUCCGAAUUUGAAUGCGAUAUUUGA